AUGUGGAAACCGGGACUUCAAACAGUAGUUCAGCUCUAAGGAGAUGGAUCGGUACCUACUCCUUGUGAUCUGGGGAGAAGGAAAAGUCCAGUACGCAGCGGGUGGGGAAGUGGAGCAUGGGCCUGGGGAGUUUUCCGUGGAGGGUACCGAGAAGCUGCCGGACUUAACAGCAGCAAAUGUUUAUCAUCUCCUGAAAAGAAGCAUUAGUGCUUCAAUGAAUCCAGAAGAUAGUACUUUUCCCGCCUGUUCGGUAGGCGGUAUACCUGGUUCCAGGAAGUGGUUCUUUGCAGUGCAGGCAAUAUGUGGAUUUUAUCAGUUUUGCAGUUCUGACUGGGAAGAGAUACAUUUUGGUAUGGAAAAAGAUGAAAUUGAAGAUGUUCUUCAAACAAAUAUCGAAGAAUGUUUGAAUGCUGAGUGUUUUGAGGAAGAAGAUAGUAAUAGCAGAGAAUCAUUAUUCUUGGCUGACCUAUAUGAAGAAUCUGCAGAAAAUUUGCAUCAGCUGUCCGAUAAACUUCCUGCUCCUGGUAGAGCAAUGAUAGAUAUAAUACUGUUGCCUUCUGACAAAGAUCCUCCUAAAUUGAAAGACUGUCUGCCUACUGUGGGAGCACUAAAACAUUUGAAGGAAUGGUAUUCAGCAAAGAUUACUAUAACAGGAAAUCAUUGUGAAAUGAAUUGUCAGAAAAUUGCAGAAUACCUCUCUGCUAAUGUUGUAUCUUUAGAGGAUCUCAAAAAUGCUAUUGACUCAAAGGAAUUAUGGAGGGGAAAGAUUCAGAUAUGGGAAAGAAAGUUUGGAUUUGAAAUUAGUUUUCCUGAAUUUUGUUUAAAGGGAGUCACACCUAAGAAUUUUGGUACAUCUAAUUUAAAUCCUUGCAUUCUUGCCAAAAGGGUAAUACCAUCAAAGGAUAAGAACAUUUUACCGAAGGUUUUCCAUUAUUAUGGCCCUGCUUUAGAAUUUGUGCAGAUGAUAAAAUUAUCAGAUCUACCCUCCUGCUAUAUGUCGGACAUUGAAUUUGAGUUAGGGUUGACAAAAAACAAUACCAAACAGAAUUCCAUGUUGUUGUUGGAGCAGAUUUCUUCUUUGCGUGUUCCAGAUGUUGAAGUGAAAGGAGAGUGUUCUAGCUAUUAUCUCCUGUUACAAGGUAAUGGCAAUAGAAAAUGUAAAGCCACAUUGAUUCACUCAGCCAACCAGAUCAAUGGCUCAUUUGCACUCAGUUUAAUUCAUGGAAAGAUGAAAGCAAGGACAGAAGAAGCCAAACUGAGCUUUCCUUUUGACUUCUUGUCACUUCCACAUUUUUCUGGCGAGCAACUUAUACAGAGAGAGAAACAGUUAGCUAAUGUUCAAGCUUUGGCUUUGAGAGAAUGUCUGAAAAGGAGAAAGUUGGCAAAGCAGCCUGAAGUAGUUUCAGUUGAUGAACUCAAAAGUCUAUUAAUACUCACAAGGGAACGCUUUUUAGAUCGUUUUGAUGCCUUUAUUCCUAAAACAAUUCCAAUAAAGACAGACAAAAUUAAAACCUCCAAUAUGUUAAAUGACACCAGUUCAGUAGAACCUACUUCUUCAAAUCUAACGGAAACGAACUCUUUGGAAUGGCCAGAAAGGCAUGUUCUUCAAAAUUUGGAAAGUUUUGAAAAAGCUAAACAAAAAAUGAGAACUGGUUCAUUACCUCGUUCAUCUGAACAGUUGCUGGGUCACAAAGAGGGUCCACGGGACUCGAUCACAUUAUUGGAUGCUAAAGAAUUACUAAAAUUCUUUACCUCAGAUGGGUUACCAAUUGGAGAUCUUCAGCCUUUACAGAUCCAAAAGGGGGAAAAGACUUUUAUUCUGACACCGGAACUUAGUCCUCGGAAACUUCAGGGUUUACCUUUUGAAAAAGCCUCAGUGUGUCAUUAUCAUGGGAUUGAAUAUUGCUUGGAUGACCAAAAAGCAUUAGAAAGAGAUGGGGGAUUUUCUGAACUUCAGUCUCGUCUUAUCCGUUACGAAACCCAAACCACCUGCACCAGAGAAAGUUUUCCGGUACCCACUGUGUUGAGCCCUCUUCCAUCACCUGCCGUCUUGUCAGAGCCUGGAAGUGUCCCUGAUGGAGAAGCCUUACAAAGCGAGCUCCGAACUGAAGUAUCUCGACUGAAAAGGAGAUCAAAAGAUCUGAACUGCCUUUAUCCACAAAAAAGACUUGUGAAGUCUGAAAGUUCAGAUUCUCUUCUUUCUCAAACAAGUGGCAAUACUAAUCAUCAUCAUCAUGCAGUGACAUCCAGAAAACCCCGAGCAGAGCGAUCAUUAUCUGUGACUUGUCCAUCAGUUCCAGUUCUAAGCUAUGAAACUCCAAAAGUCACUACAAAGGCCAGUUCAGGUCAAAAAAGUGUGCAUGGAUCAAAAACAUCAAGGCAAAUUAAGGAAUCAAGAUCACAGAAACACACACGGAUACUGAAAGAGGUAGUUACGGAAACCCUGAAGAAACACAGCAUUACUGAGGCCCAUGGAUGUUUCACUGCAUGCAGCCAACGUCUCUUUGAGAUCUCCAAGUUCUAUCUGAAGGAUCUUAAAACUUCAAGGGGUCUAUUUGAAGAAAUGAAGAAAGCAGCAAACAACAAUGCUGUACAGGUGAUUGAAUGGGUAUUAGAAAAGACAAGCAAGAAAUAACACGGAAUCUUUCUCUUUGGACAAUUAUAAAUUGGGCAGAGCUAUUAUUUGCUACUUCCUUAGUUUGAAAAUUAUAAACAAAUUUCAAACUUUAUUAAAAGAAUAGAUAUUACAUCUCUAAAGAAUUUCAUAAAUAUCCAAUAUUUAUAUAGUCUUGAGGAUGCUCAUUUAAUGUGUUCUUUAAUUGUAUACUUAUUUUAUAGUUUCACUAUAUUUUAAUU